UUUGCUGAGUCCAAGGGUGAUGGGGUCAUGGAGCACGGGGCUUAAAGGCUCUACCCGUCCUGAAAGCAGUCCUGGAACUUCAUUUUGGGGAUUCUGCACACCGGACAUCAUGUUGGGGAAAAGCUGCGUUGUUUGGAUUCUGUUGUUUGGGAUUUCUGCAGCUGCAGUGUUUGUGGAGAGACAGGAGGCAAAUACCUUGCUGAGCAGAUGGAGGAGAGCCAAUAGCGGAUUCCUGGAGGAGCUCAAGCAAGGGAACCUGGAAAGGGAAUGCAGAGAGGAGAUCUGUGAUUAUGAGGAGGCCAGGGAAGUGUUUGAGGACGACGGACAGACGAAGCAGUUCUGGCAGACCUAUGACCGUCAGGACCCCUGUAAGGUCAACCCGUGUCAAAACAACGGCAUGUGUGUCCACAUGGGGACAACCUUUGAGUGUCAAUGUCCCGAAGGCUAUGAAGGACGCUUCUGUCAGAUGGUGUUUGAAGACUCCCUCAAGUGUAUUUACCACAAUGGUCAGUGUGAGCACUUCUGCGAUGGCUCCGGAAGGCAACGUAAAUGUUCCUGCGCUGAUGGCUACAUUCUGGCCGAAGAUGGACGCCAUUGCGUCGCACAGGUGGAGUUUCCAUGUGGUCAGCUGGCUCCGGCCAAUCAGAGCAUGACAGGUCAGACGAGGCUUGUCGGAGCCAAUCAGUGUCCCAAAGGAGAGUGCCCCUGGCAGGUUCUGAUUGAGUUGAACGGGGCCAGUCAUUGCGGAGGUGCUCUGAUCCGUCCUGACUGGGUGAUUACCGCGGCUCACUGCGUCCACGGAACGGGCCUGGACAAGCUAACGGUGGUGGCAGGGGAACAGAACCUGGAUGCUGACGAUGGCACGGAGCAGAGAAUCACAGUUUCCAAGGCGAUUGCUCACGAGGGUUAUGUCCCGGCGACGGGUGACGGGGACAUUGCGCUGCUGCAUCUGAGUAGAGGCGUGGCCCUAAACAGCCAGGUGCUCCCAAUCUGCUUGCCCAAUAAGGACUUGGUGGAUCGAGAGCUGCUCCCGCUGCGGUACCACAGCGUGUCCGGUUGGGGCAAGAGGACCAGCGGGGGGAAUGCCGUGUCCGGCGGCCUCGGCUCCCCUGUCCUCCGCAAGAUGUCUGUGCCCCUCAUCCCAAACUCCCAGUGCUCACAGGUAUCCCAGUUCAACUUCACCGCCAAUAUGCUGUGUGCCGGCUACAUGGAGGGGCAACAGGAGAGUUGCACCGGGGACGACGGGAGCCCACUGACCAGUCUCUUUGGUUCCACCCACUUCCUCUUGGGUGUGGUCGGAUGGGGGCGGGGCUGCACUCGCUCGGGCUACUACGGUGUUUACACCAACAUGGCCAAGUUUGUUGACUGGACGGAGUCCACCAUGAAGAACCCCCCCACAUCCGACCUGAUGCUGCAGCAGAAAGUCGUUGAAGUAAGCAAGCCUUCACGGGACGCCAUGUUGCCGUUUCACGGGCUGUUGCUCACGGUGCUGCUGAUGCGUACGGCCACCGCUCACGUGUUCCUGGGUGCCCAGGAGGCCCGGCAGGUGUUGAUGCGGCAAAGACGAGCCAACAGCUUCCUUGAGGAGGUCAAGCAAGGCAACAUGGAACGCGAGUGUAUGGAGGAGCGCUGCAGCUGGGAGGAGGCGCGCGAGAUUUUCGAAGAUGAAGAUAAAACAGCUAAAUUCUGGGCCACAUAUGUUGAUGGCGAUGCGUGUGCAUCCACGCCCUGCGCCAACGGAGGACGGUGUAAAGAUGGGAUUGGCAGUUAUGAAUGCUUCUGUGCUGAAGGCUUCCAGGGUUCCAAUUGUGAAAUUGCUGCUCUUCAGCUCUGUGAGAACAAUAACGGCGGCUGCGACCAUUUCUGCAAGGUCGUGCGAGGACAAACUGAAUGCUGGUGUGCUGAUGGAUAUUUUCCCAGUGAUAAAUCUUGUUAUUCUAAUGAGCGCUUCAAAUGUGGCGUCACCAUCCAAGGAAAGACCCGGUCAAUUUUGAGAGAUCGGCACCGCAACACCACAGAAGGAGAGUUCACCACCGGGUUGUACCCAGCCGACGUUGAAGGCAACAUCACCUCCACUGCCUUCUCAUCUCCUGGCAACCUCAGCAGUGAUGCAAUCCUGAAUGAGGAGGAGGAGGAAGAAGUUUUUGCUGAAACGGCGGCAAUGACCCGCAUCGUUAACGGCAAGGAGUGUCCGGCGGACGAAUGUCCAUGGCAGGCUCUUCUCCUUGAUGACGAUGGCAAAGGGUUUUGUGGCGGCACCAUCCUCAACCAGUACAUCAUCUUGACUGCAGCGCACUGCAUCACCAAGCACAGCUAUGUUGCUGUGAGGCUGGGUGAGUCUAACACCGAGGACAUUGACGGGAAUGAAGUCACUCACAAUGUGGAGGCCAUCUUCAAGCACAACAACUACCGUCCAGAUACUUUUCACAAUGACAUUGCGCUCCUCAAACUGGCCACGCCCAUCAAGUUCACCAGGUACAUGUUGCCAGCCUGCCUACCUGAGUCGGACUUUGCUGAGAAGGUGCUGAUGAAGCAGCCGCACGGCAUGGUCAGCGGCUUUGGCCGCACUGGCGAAGAUGAAGACGCAUCCACCACCAUGCAGCGCCUUUCCGUACCCUACGUGGCCCGCCACAUUUGUCAAGAAUCCACAGACUUUCACAUCUCGACACGCAUGUUCUGCGCAGGCUAUGACACAGAAGCAAAGGAUGCGUGCAGAGGAGACAGCGGGGGCCCGCAUGUCACCAAAUACAAAUCAACCACUUUUAUCACGGGGAUCGUGAGCUGGGGCGAAGGCUGUGCACGAAAAGGCAAAUAUGGCAUUUACACGCAAGUAUCCAAAUUUGUGGGCUGGAUUCGUGAGGGCAUGCAGAGGUUGCUUCAGAAGGAAAUCAGCGAGGGCACGGUGGAUGGGGCUUUAUUCGCCAGACGGCCACACUUAUGAAAUACACGUAGUUCCAAAAAACAUUGUCUGUUCCUUCAUGUACUUCCUGAGGCCAAUCAAUAAAACCUAAGCAAUGUGUGAAUCCAUCCUA